UCUGAGUGGCAGAGGAGAGAAAAGGCCAGGAUGGAGAAUUCUAGCGUCCAAGCCUGUUCCGAGGUCCAACUGGCCCCGUGGUGGUGAAGACUUCACCAACUGGAUGUGAGAUAGACCUGACGCCCCUGGGGAGGAGGAAGAGGAGGCGAGAUGAAGCUGAACGAACGCAGUGUGGCUCACUAUGCCACGUGCGACUCACCACCCGACAAGACGGGUUUCCUGUUCAAAAAAGGGGAGCGCAACACGGCCUACCACCGCCGUUGGUUCAUACUAAAGGGCAACAUGCUGUUCUACUUUGAGGAGCGAGAGAGCCGGGAACCCAUUGGGGUCAUUGUGUUGGAGGGCUGCACCGUGGAGCUCUGCGAGUCGGCCGAGGAGUUCGCCUUUGCCGUAAAGUUCGACUGUGCAAAGGCACGCGUUUACAAGAUGGCGGCCGAGAACCAGGCGGCCAUGGAGUCGUGGGUGAAGGCUCUGUCGCGGGCUAGCUUCGACUACAUGCGCCUGGUGGUUCGGGAGCUGGAGAGGCAGCUGGAGGAAACCCAGAUGGGGGCUGGAGGGCUGCCGGGUAGGCCCAAGUCCUCCAGGAAGGCUGGAGGAUUGGUACGCUCCAAAUCAGGAGCUUUGUCUAGUGCUCCCACCACGCCCUCUACCCAGGUGACAGGUGGAGCCCUCACACAGGGGCCGGCUCAGGGACGCACUUCUGAGCAGGAGGAGGUGCUGCUCCUGUCGAGCAACUCUAAAGAGAACGGGGUGACUUGGAGCAAGCCGCCCGUUCUUGUCAACGGGUGCGCUGACGGCCCCUACUCGGGUGUGCCGUGGGAGGGGAAUGGAAAAGGGAACGGAGGAGGCGAGGGGGCCAGGCCCCCACCUGUGCCCCCGCGCAGGCGGGGUGCCUCUCUUGAGAGUCCAGUCUGCCCCGGGACAGGGUGCUUCGCCAAACUUCACGACUGGUACGGAAAAGAAGUGGCUGAACUGAGGGCGGAGUGGCUUCAGUGCCAGAAUGACAGACCUCUUAUCUCUCAGACCAACUGUUAGCCAAUUGGAAGGGGCAUUCGCCACCUCACUGAAUUGUUUUACCCCAAAACACCUUAAUUUUAAUUCCAGGAAGUGUGAUCUAACCCUGUCUCGGGGCAGUCUGGGGAACUGUCUGAUUUGCUAAAAGCAGCAUUUUCCUGGUAUUUUUAGCUCUCAUGGGCCAGCAGCAAUAUGAUGUAUUGUCAUGUGACUGUCCGUCACUUGGUUUUUAUAUAUUCUGUUUCUUUUACAGAGAAGUUUUGUAUUAACUACUUAUUCUUUUGUAUUGAAACACAAAAGACAAACAUACAUUUCAAAUUUUUAUAUCAUUGUUGUUUUCUAUCAUAUUUCUAUUAACAAUGGAUUAUCACUGACUGUUACGGAAUUUAGUUUUUUGAAGUAUGUAUUACAUUCCAUUUGACAAGCAGUCUUGAAUUGGGGCCCGUUGAAGAAUGAACACAGCUCAAUUCAUUCUUUAUACCAAUUUUUUUUAAAUCAUGUAGUGGAUUACAACAGCAGUAAUUUGUCACUGAAUCAUGUGCCUUAUGAUUUUCCUCUUAAGCUGUCAUUGACUGUCACGGUUUCACUGUUUCUUUGUAAUAGCGACAGGGUAUACCUAACCAUGCCUUUAUAAUUGCCACUUUUCUUUUGUUGCCAAAGCUACACCUCAGUGCAGUUAUACAUGGUGACAGCGGUUCAUUCCAUCUUGCUGUACCACAUUAUAAUAAUAAAAAAGGGGGGAAAAAAGAAGUACAUUUGAAAUGGAUAGUUUUAUUGUGGCCAUUUUUGUUUCCGGGUGACACCAAUACACCUUAUUUCCUGGUUGCUUGCUUCCGUAUGUAACCUUUUGGUGGAACAAGGAACGGUCAAUGAAGCUGUGGGAAGAACAUAAAGAUCAGUGACCAGGGCAGAGGUGGUUGUUAUGGAUGUGACUGGGUACUCUUACUGUGGAUGGAUGGAACAUGAUCAGUUGUAUGUUAUUAAUUAUAAUGUUUUUACUAAAUACUUUUUCUGACACUAGGAAAACAAAUUGAAAACAAAAUGUACUUAGUAUUAUGUACCUUGUUACCCUUUUUUUCUUUUACAAUCAGAGUGAGUAUGUCAUAUUUUUAGAUGAGACUUUGUAUUAGUCUAGUUUAUAAAAAAAUACAUGUUUAGCACAUCUACUAAUAUUUGUCUGUGAAAUGAUGACUUAAGCAUCAAUGUUGUUUUGGUUGUUACACUACACUGCCUUUUUCCAUGUGGCUAGAUGUGGUCUAGAGAUUGUAUGCAAAUGCCUUCAGCUGGUCACCACUGAAUGACUAAAUUAAUUAACUUGAUGUACUUCUUUGAGUAGGUGAGACUUAAGUAGUUAUUUUACGUUUUAAAUAAACACUUAACGAUUUAAAGGUUUGAA